GGGAAAAGGUGAAGACGCGGGUACCGUGCGACAAUGGGGCGAGGCUCAGUGAGACUGCGGGUGAUGCUUCUCAAGUUGACGCUUCUCGGGCUGUGGCCAUCUCCCGCGUUGCACAAGGGAUGGGCAGCAGCAGCCGUCCGUCAACCAUCGCCGCACUCUGCUUAUCUCCCCUCAUCGCCUCGCCCACGACCGUCCUUGAUCUCUCGCGUCCAGCAGCACGGCCUCCGAAGACGGCCACCAUCCCGCCUUGCCAUGAUGAGCAAGAACGACAUCACCGACAGGUUCAUGUGGCAGGGAGAGAACAUCCAGUUCGGCGUCGUGCGCACACUCGAGAUCCCGGUCCCACUUGCCCUCCCUCCCACCUUCCCCGACUCAGCAGACGUGCAGGCCCUGGUCAGCCGGUACUUCGAUGACCCAGGCCGCUUCCUCCGCGUGUUGUGGAACAAACGCUACUUGGAACACUUGGGUGGCGAACGGUGGCUCGUCGGCUUACCCAGGUGGGUGGGUGAGGUGACGACACACACGGCCGUACGGGGCCAGCCCGCCCACCCACCCGCAAGUCACUCUCUCUCUCUUUCUCUCUGUGUGCAGGCUGAAGUUCCUGAACGUGGCAUUACCGUCCCCCGACAUAGAGGUGUCUGUGUGGAAGGAGGGCGACUUUCUGCGUGUGACGAGUCACGGUGUGUCGUUCUCGAGGGAGGGUGGGGCGGCCAGCGGGCGGAUGGAAAGCUUCAAUGUGGAGGUUGAUGGCUAUUUGGAUGCGGACGUGCAGUCCCCUGAAAUGGCGGUCUUCAACGCUCAGAUCGGUGAGGCAGCGCAGUGAGGGAGGAGCACACCACACCCAUCGUCUGUCUGUCACUUGUGCUUGUUGGUUGGUGCAUUGGUGCCAACAGGGUUCACGUGUUCCUCUCGGCUGCCGUCCUUCCUGCGCUUCACGCCUGAGGACAUUAUGCGGACGGGCGCCUCGGCCGUCAACCGGCAGAUUCUCAACUUUGCCACACGGAAGCUUGAGAAAUCGCUGCAGAAGGACUUCCUCAUGUGGCUCGAUCAAGAGACGCAAGAGCCGCAGGAGGCCGUUGCUGAUGGCGACGUGACCCAUGGGGAGGAGAAACAGGCAGCCCCAUCUCUACCUCUCGCCCCUGCGUCUCUUGCUUCCACCACGUACGACGACCUGCCGCCUCGGCGUGCAGAUGAUGUUCUUGUGGCUGAGGAGGGCGUGGCAAUCCCAACUUUUGACAGAGAUGGAAGCAGCGACGCUGUUCCCGUCAUGCCGAUGUCAGACACUGUUCUUGCGUAUGAGAGGCCACUGAGCGGCGAGCAGUGGGCCGACCUCAGUGUGCCCAUUUCCUCCAGUGUGCGGCGCGUUCGGUCGAGAAGCCGGGUCAACAUUGCCAACAGGGUGAGUGAGCUUGAGUCCCACCAAGACGCAUUCACGCGCUCACACGUCUAUCUAUCGGAGCACUUCGGCUGUUUGGUUUGGUUGUUGUUUCUUUCAGGCGUUCCAAUGGUCAGAUUCAUCGCCACGGUCGGAUGCUGCGCGACGACCUGACACCUUGCUGGGCGGCGACUACGGAGAUGAUGACAGUGACGCCGAUGGCAUUAGUGUGGUGGAUGUGACCAUUGAGGAGGAGGAGACCCUCGCCGUCUACCUCAGGCGAUGACCGAUGAUGUGCGGGGCGUGUAUGCGGCUGCUCGUGUAAAUGGGGUGGCUGCAUAGUCAGCGAGAUACAAGGUCUUCCCUUCUGCAUGAGCUGGUCUUCCACACACACCGUCCAUCCAUCCAUCCAUCCCGCCUGCCUAGUCAUUGCGCACAUGUGUGGAUACCAUGAGUAUGUAUGUGUUUUCUGUGGUAUAUUGGUCAGGUGCCGCCAUUUUUCCACGGCACGGCACCAGUCAGUGGCUGGCUGGACAACAGACAGACUAAAGAUGAAGAGAGAGUAGCGACGGACGGAGAGGCGUGUCGUUUGACACGAUUGACACCGUAGAUAGGGGAAUGUAGAUGGAUGGAUGGAUGCUGCUAGCAUCCGUCCGUCUUGUGUGUACAGAUUUUUGUCACCCUCAUUGAAUGGAAUGGACGGCUGGCCUGUACAGGUUUUGCUAGCGGGACACUGACAACUAACUGGACGGGCAAUGAUCAUGGGGGCGGGGCGGGAAGACGAUGUGUAUGUGUAAGUGUCCUGCCAAGGAUCGAAUUGUUCACACGUCAUUCACCAUCAGCUGGUGGAUGUGCAGCCAGCCAGACAGACGUUUUUGUGUGUAGUCUCGUGUGCUGUUAGUGCGUGGUGUCUCAGCGAUUUCAGCGAUUUCGCUGCGUGUGCAGGAUUGCGUGGGAUAGAUGGAUGACUGGGUGGACACGACACCAUCAUGUGCUGCGUGUAUGCCCAAAGGGCAAGACAGCUCCUCAUAAAGUCAACAGACAGACACUGACAUGAAUGAAUG